GCUCCCUCUUUUCCUACAUUCAAACAUGGCGAAACUCUUUGCCAUUAUACCACCACCACCACCACCACCAUCACCUUCACCUUCCUCCACUUCAUCGUCACCGUCACCUCCAUCAUCAUCAUCAUCAUCAUCAUCUUCCCGAUCAUCAUCACCAUUAUCUCCGGUAGCGUGAUGACCCGGGAGGAUGGAGAAGCUGUCGGCGAGCCUGUCGGAGAUCACUUGGAGCCCGUUGGCGCUGCCGCUGGACGCGGUGGUCAGCAAGUUCCGUCUGCCCACUCUGGUCCGCCUGGCCGCCGGUGAAUGUGUGGAGGGCCUGUCGGAGGAGGAUGUGGUGCUGCUACACUCCUGUCGUCAGUGGACCACCGUGACGGCCCACAGCUUAGAGGAGGGACACUACGUUAUUGGACCCAAGAUAGACAUCCCUCUGCAAUACCAGGGAAAGUUCAAGUUGUUGGAUGAAGACCGAGACGUCAGGGAUCCGGUCCAGUAUUUUGCCAGUGUGGAGGAAGUUGCCGGAGUCUUCCCUGACCGGGUCUUUGUCAUGGAGACAAUCACUUUUAGCGUCAAGGUGGUGUCAGGGGAGUUCAGUGAGGAUAGUGAACCCUACAGCUUCACUCUGCAGGUGGGAGAUGAGCUGUCACUCAUGGGGAAGGCGGAGCUUCUCUGUGCCACGCCCUCUAAGGAAAAGACGGGACUGAGCGCACUAUUGAGACGCCUAGGGAAGACUCCUAGAAGUAAAACUCCAUGCCUGGUCUGUAUGAACCAUCGCACCAAUCAGAGUGUCAGCCUGCCCUUUGGCUGCCGCGGACGCUUUUGCACACGCUCCCCUCUGGAGCAAGGCAUGCAGGGUGGGGAGCACACGGUACGCAGCAUCAUCGAGAGGGUUCGCCUCCCCGUCAAUGUGUCCGUGCCUUCAAGACCGCCACGAAACCCCUACGACCGCCACGCGGUCCGAGAGGGCCACCGCUACAAGCUGCUCAACAUCGUCAGCAAGACGGUGGUGCUCUGCUUGGUACUCCGCCAACAGGAAGUCUCCCCCUCCCACUUCCUGCUGCUGCGUUGCAUGCCCCGGUUCAACGUGGCCGAGGCCUCCGUCUACACGGCGGCACUAGAGAGCCUCCUAUUGCGACACGCGUUCGACCCAGACGCCUACUCCCGCGCUGUCAGAGAGACCCGGCCAGAGCUGGAGUGUAUGACAGAGGAGUGUGUGAGCCCGCGCCGCUCUCGUGUGUGUGUGUCGGGUCAGGACUCCUUGGCGCCGGCAGUGCAGCGCCUCUCCAUGUACGGGUAUGGGGGUGGGGUUUCGGACAGCCUAUCACAGCGUUGCAGGGACUCUCUUGGAGAGAGGCUGGGGGAGGGACCAGGUGAGGAGCGGGAGUAUGUGACUCCCGAGUGGACUGAGGCUGAAAUGAGGACCAGUGAGGAAAUCCCUUACGAGGAACUCUGGACCAAUCAGAACCCAGAGGGCUUGGGGAAGGAGCCAAACCUCAUCUCCUUUCUUUCGUCUUCCUCAUUGGAUGGUUCUCUUGGUACCGUGGUGACAAGAGUGUCCACCCCGCCGCCCGUACCUCCAAAAUCUGAAGCUGUGAGAGAGGAGUGUCGCUACUUGAUCGCCCCUCCGGUUCCCCCUCGCUGCUCUAAAGGAGGGUCCAUCUCCAGUCCGGUCCCCAGCCCUCCUGUCCCACCUCGCUUCCCCAAAACCUCCACCUCCCCGAGACCCAACGUCUCCUUUUACUCCUCUGGACUUCAGGACAGCUGCUUGCCCUCUCCAGAUGCCUCCCUCUACUGUUACCCGUGUUCCUGGGCCGACUGCCCGGCCCCUAACCCUGCCAGUCCCGAGCCAGUCUCUGCCAUCCCUGCAGACAGCACAGCCAGUCCUCAGCCAGCACAGGCAACCUGGGCAGAGCCAUGGGUGGAUUCCUUCACCUGCUCCGGACCUCGCCUGAGGCCUCCACCUCCGCAGAGUCGAUUUGCUCCUUUCGGGGCGCUGAAUCCCUUCAACCGCCAGUCCCCUUGCCCCUCACCUGAGCCCACCACCAAUCCCACAACAGAUUCCUCCAGAGGGGCAGAGGGCGGCGGGACAUCCGCAGGGGUCACUGAGGGGCUGUCCCCGCCCCCCGACCCCACCUGGAGGCCUCCCGCUGACCUGUCUGUGCUGUCAUUGGAGGAGGUGUCGGCCUGCCUGCGGUUCAUCGGCCUAUCAGAGGCAGCGGUGGGCGUGUUCCAGAGGGAGCGGAUCGACGGCAGCCUCCUGGUGCAGCUGACCGAGGACAUCCUGUCGCAUGACUUCCACCUGAGCCGACUUCAUGUCACCAAGAUCACACAGUUCAUACAGGGCUGGAGGCCCAAGAUCUAACACACACACACACACACACACACACACACACACACACACACACACACACACACACACACACACACACACACACACACACACACACAUACACAUUUAAACGUGUACUGUCCUGAUAAUGUGCCUGCUGGCUCCUGAGCCAUCCUGAAUGUGCCUUCCACUGUGACGACCGGCUGCUGAGCCCCACUGACUGAAGCUGAGACUUUGCUGAAGGAAACCAUGCCACCCUGUGGUCAAAUGAUAGAACUGACACUUGACUGGCUCUCAUCAGUCUCUGACGGACUGACUCCAUAUUACCUGUCUGAAUCACAGACUGGGGGACUAGUUUACUAACAAAUGGCUACCACAGAGAGCUACAUGAUGACAGUGCCCUGCUUCAAUCCGUAUGUGGGGCAGAUAGUCAACCACAAUACAUCUUCAUGCUUCGAGACAGCUAAAGGUUUUAAGCACUACAUGGAUUUGUGUGGCCUUCAUGCUGUGAUCCCACACAAAAAUCUGAUACGAGGAGAAAACAUGUCUUCAUUCUACAUAAAAUAUAGAGGGGUUUAUUGAAAUCUACAGCCUCUAUUAUUGAUCAGGACAUGUAACUACUCAGAUGUAACACCGCACCUGUUUCAUACCUGAGUGUCUUGCAUUGAGCUUCAGUGGCCUGUAAUUGGCAUAAAUAGUAAUUCUUAGGAUAUAAGAAAGAGCUAGUUGUUUAAAGCUAAAUGAACAAAACAAAAAAAUGCUGAAAAUCUGAGGCCACCGAUAAAGUAAGUUAAGUUUCUGGUACUGAUCAAUGAUUCACUGCACAAUCUCUUACAGUAUUCUGUAUGAAGUCCAUUUUGUACCUUGGGACAGUGACAUUUUCUAUUAACAUUCCCUGUAAGGGUAACACCAGGUGUCCUUCUGUCUGUAGUCACAUAUACAGAUGUGUUGCUGAGAAAUAGAGAUCUCAAAAUGUACCUCAGAUCACUUGUUCAGAUAUGCUUGAUUUAGCCUUGAGUAAUAAUAAAUGAAAUUACACUAAGUAAUAUGUCCACGU